AUGCCGGCGGCCCCAGCAGGAGAGCAGGAGCCCGGUGGGAGCCGUGGGCAGCCCCCUCCUCUGCCCCGGGCAGCCGGGAGGGGCUGGAGGAGCGAAGGAGUUAAAGGGAGGCGCUUGGGAAAUCUGAUGCUAACGAAGCCCCAGGAAUGUUGCACAUUUCCAUUCCCCUCCAGCUUUCGAAGGAGCGCCCCGCACCCCGCCGGCAGAGGGGGCGCGCCGGAGGCCUGCCCCGGCGGAGACUGCGCCGCCAACGGCACCCGCCGCGACUGCCAGGGCCUGGAGUGCCGGCUGCCGCCCCGCCUGCGCCCCCAGCCCCGCGGCCCGGGCUGCGCCGCCCCCGCCGAGGGCUGCCCUGAGCCCGCCCUGCUCCGCGCCGCCGAGAGAGCCGCCCAGUUCGCGGGGGACGACUUCGCCUACGCCGCCCCCGAGCUGGGCGGCGGCGCCCUGGGGGUGCAGCUCACCUGCGACGUCAAGCCAGGCCUGGUGCCAGGUGAAGUCUUGGAGGAGCAGAAGUGUGGUUGGAAGUUUCUCUUAACGAAAUCCUUGAAUGCAUCAAGAAUGGAUUAUAUCUUGCGUCUAGUGGCAGUCACGGAUUUGUGCAUUCAUCUCCUUCCUCUGGCAGAGAGAAGCGUCCCGUAUGUUGAAGGGAAAGCAGUGUACAGCACUGCCUGCUAAACCACGUAAUCUCAUGGAAGGCACUGUCAGCAUGGAAGCACGCAGUGAGCAAACCUGUGAUAACACGUGAGCUGUGGUGUGUGAGAAGAGUUGUCAGACAAGGACAACUGCACCCUCAGAAGUUCUCCCC